AUGUUGUCUAGGACGCGGCCAAGGGCAAGGAUAAGAGGGAUGCUCCAAGUAGCUGCUGGUGUCGCAGGCACGGCUGCGCUCGCUGCAUACCUCAAUGCCAAAUUUCACAUUGCGCACGAUCUCGAGAAUGCACGAGACGGACUUGCACUCUCCCCAGAUGUCGUUGACUUCAUGACCAAAUGUGCUGCACGCAAACGCGUCCUCACAUACCAUGUUUUCGAAGAUCAAGCCAGGAAACAGCCAAAUCAUCCUUUUCUUGUAUUCGAAGGCAAGACAUGGACAUAUCAGCAGUUCCAUCAGGCGAUUGUCAGUGUGGCUAAUUGGCUGAUCGAUGAUCUCGAUGUCAAAGUGGAGGAAGUCGUUGCUGUAGAUGGAGGUAAUAGCCCAGAGUAUGUGAUGCUCUGGUUUGCAUUGGAUGCUAUUGGCGCGGUUCCGAGCUUUAUCAACUGGAACUUGACAGGAGCUGGCCUUGUGCAUUGCGCAAAGAUAUGUAAUGCGCGAUAUCUGAUUACAGACGUGGACGUGAACAGCCAUGUUGAGCCAUGUCGAUUGGAGCUCGAAAAGCUGAAUGUCAAGAUCCAGUACUACGACUCGUCCUUUUUCGCUACUCUAAAUAACCUUGUUCCCAUACCAGCGUCGCGUCAGGAGGGUAUCAGUCUGGAUUCGGUCCGGUCACUCCUCUACACUUCUGGUACUACGGGCCUUCCCAAAGGUGUCGUAUUGAGCACGGGCAAAGAGCUCCUUACAGGCUAUACUAUUGCAAAAUAUCUCAAACUGACACCAAAGGACCGCAUGUACACAUGUAUGCCUCUAUAUCAUGGCGCUGCCCAUGGUCUGUGUGUAACGCCUACCGUGCAUGCUGGUAGUACCGUUGUCUUGGGCAGGAAAUUUUCUCACAAGACAUUCUGGCCCCGGGUUGCAGCAUCUGAUGCCAACAUCAUUCAAUAUGUUGGCGAGUUGUGUCGGUACUUGCUCAACGGUCCACCUAGUCCAUAUGAGCGUAAACACAAAGUUCAAGUCGCCUGGGGCAAUGGCAUGCGGCCUGACGUCUGGGAACCGUUCCGCGAGCGCUUCAACAUCCCUAUCAUCAAUGAAUUGUAUGCUGCUACUGACGGCCUGGGCGCAACCUUCAACCGGAACGCUGGACCUUUCACUGCGAAUGCUAUUGGUCUCCGAGGUCUGUUAUGGCACUGGAGAUUCAAUGACCAAGAAGUCAGAGUGAAAAUGGACGUGGAUACGGAAGAUAUAAAGAGGGAUGGGUACGGAUUUGCUAUAAGAUGUGGUGUCAACGAACCAGGACAAGUUCUGCAUCGGCUGACUCCGGAAACACUUGCGAGCUCACCGGGCUACUAUAACAAUGAGGCUGCAACGAAAAGUAGGCGAAUUGCUAAUGUGUUCAAAAAGGGUGACUUGUGGUUCAAGUCUGGUGAUGUGAUGCGACAAGACAAGGAUGGACGCGUCUUCUUCGUCGAUCGCCUAGGCGAUACUUUCCGCUGGAAGUCUGAGAAUGUCUCUACCAACGAAGUCGCCGACAUGAUUGGCAAAUUUCCUCAAAUUGCCGAGACCAACGUUUACGGAGUGCUAGUGCCAGGCUACGACGGGCGUGCAGGCGCUGCUUCAAUUGUGAUGGCAGACGGAGUCAGAGAAGAGACUUUUGAUUUCCAAGGGCUGGCCAAGCAUGCCCGAGCCGUUUUGCCUAGUUAUGCUGUUCCAUUGUUCUUGCGAGUCACACCUGAGCUCGAGUACACUGGGACUUUGAAGAUUCAAAAGGGUAGACUGAAGAGCGAAGGUGUGGAUCCAGAGAAGGUUACUGGCUCAGAUCACUUUUACUGGCUGCCGCCCAAUAGUGAUGGAUACAUACCAUUUAUGAAGAAGGACUGGGAAGCCAUCAAGAGCAAGAGCGUGCGUCUAACUUAG